CAUGCCAAUAUCUUUUACACCUCAGAUACAAUCCACUUCACAUUGCUGCGAGAUCCAAUCAACCAGAAAUGGUGAAACAAAUUAUUUCCACACUUUCCGACCCUGACUUCCAAAAAAAGAUGUACACCAACAUAUCCUCACCUCAUGAAAAUACAUCAAGGCUUCAUCAUAUAUUGGAUUUGUAUUUUAACACUCCCGAGAAAGGAUUCUAUGAGACUCCACUACAUAUGGCUUGCAAGUUUGGGUUUGUCGGUGUUGUAGCUGAACUCGUUUCCCAUCCAUUAUGCAACAAAACAAUGAAAAACAAAUCCGACAAAACACCGGCUGAUGUUGUUUGUACGAGGGCGAGCAAUAAAUCCGAGAGUGUUAAACAAGAAAUUUUGUCUCUUCUUCGUGAUCAAUAUUAUGUUCCAUUGAUGCGAUGCCAUGACAACUCGGAGCCCGCCACUGUGGGAGAUCCUUGCCUCCAUGGGAUGCUGGGGGGUAAGGAGGAGCAACAUCCAGACCCUAGGAAGCCGAUUCCCGUGGUGAGCGCUCUUCUUGGUCCGAUGAGCAGCGAAGAUGCAAAGAUGAUGAAGAAGAACUGGAUGACACCAGAUCGAAAGAUGAUGCAAGGAAGGCGGAUGUCCCACAUCCGAAGAUCGGACAUGGAGAAAGGAGACGAGAGGAUUGGGAGGGAGCUCGCAAGAAAAGCUGGAGUUCCUUGGAUGGAGUUUUGGGAGUUUAUUGGAAAUUAUGCCGACUUCACUACUAAGGAUGGGUUAAAGUUGCUGGAGGAAUAUUUAGCUGAACGAUAUCAGUCCCAUACAUCAGGAUUGAAUAAUUCCAUCUUCUCCCCCAAUGAUUCACUCAACGACCUUUGUUCCCAACUCGAUGAGCUUAAAGUGGAUGGGACGGAGGUACAAAAGUCAAAUAAAGAAAAUGAAAUGCUGCGUCAUGAUUGGUGGAAAGUAUCCACCCCUACCCACAAUGCAAUUGUAAAGGAAGUGGAGCAUGCCCAUCACAUGACCACUCUGCGCGACAGUUUGAUGAAAAAUCGGCGAAAACAACUUUCCAAGUUUUCCAAUUCAUUCGAUUUUGGGAACCUGGAACGAACGUCUGGUACUCCAUUUAAAGAAAGAAACAAAACUGUCAACUUAACCCCGCUGAGGCCUCUGCAUGUCUUGCACAACAGAUUCAACAGCCCAGCCCCCCACCCCACAGCCACAUACAGCACCCCAAUCAAACCACCCACCAAUCCUGUGUUGAACCUAACAUCCAAGUUUGAUGAACUGGAUACUGGAUCUCCACACGGUGACAGCAAAGAGUCGAACUCCCAACCAGGGUUGCCGAAACCCAGUCUUACCAACGAUGACGUUGUGAAUAAAAGCUUAAGCUACUCGGUGCUUAGAGACAAGAACACCAGUUCCAUAGCAAGUUCCAUAUCUGAUGAUGUAUUCACACCUGAGUCUUUACACAAUCCCCAAUCCAGUGUGUUUAUACUUGGCUCUGCCCCAAGUAAAGUUGACCGUGAUGUAAUUCUUGCGAUAGAAAACGCAGAAGUUAGUUCGGUUGAGUUUCCACACACUUGGAAAUGGAUGAAAAGUGUUUUGUCUUACUCGGAAACUGACCGGCAGAGAUGGAAAACACCAAAACGUUCUUCCAAUUCAUCCCCUCUCCCUACACAGCGAGGCACGCCUGUGUCUUUUACUUGGCUAGCCAGCCCACUUGCAAGGCCAAGGACCCCACUAGCAACAGAACCACUCACCAAAUCUAAGCUAGCAAUCUAAUAUACCUCACUCUUGUUAUAGAAUUUAAAUUUUUCCAAUGGCAUUAUUAAUACAGCAGGGCAUUACCUUUAAUUGACGUUGGAGCUAGAAAUUCACGGUGGCGAUUUAUAAAUGCCACCUUCAGUCUUUAACAUGUCGGUAUAACUGAAUUUGUGCAAAUAUUGUGACCGGUGGCAUUUAUUGGGUAUUGUCACAAUAUCCAGGUGAAUGUAGAGGCUUUGGGUGUUACUUAAGCAAUAAUGGUGGCAGGGCUAUGGAACAUUUCUCAUGUUUGCAGCAUUUAAAAAUUACUGUCUCAAACUAUUUAUUCAACUUGUUAUCGUUUCUUUAUGAGUUUCACCCACACUGUGUUCUAUUUACAGUUUAAACUUUACUCUAUAUCAUAGGCGCCACACUUUUAAAAUGCAGGGGAGGCAGGGAUAGUUAGACGCACAAUCCUACGAAACCAAUCUAACCUAUUGGUUGUUAUGUUUACUGAUUAAUAUGUUGCAGAAAUUUCCAGGGUUCGCUUUUUCACCCUACCACCCAAGGUCUGGCACCUGCAGCCCACAUCGAGUUGUCUUUGGUGUUUCUUAAUGCAUUAUUCAUGCACUAUAAUGUAUUUAAAUAUAUGUUAUAGGUUCUUGUAAAAA